AUGGACUUCAAGUCUCUCAUGGCGGCACAGAUUGCCAAAGCCAAACCUCUCAAGUCUCCAUCCCCACCACAAUCUUCUCCAUCCACCACCCAGACCACCAACUCCAAAUACCUCCGCCGCGCAGAGCUCGAAGCCGCUCGCGAAGCCGCCUACGCCGCCGAGCAAGCGAAAAUCGAAGCAGAGCGGGCAGAGCGGGCAGCGAAAAAGCGGAAACUGGAAGAAGAGGAAGCGGAGCACAAAGCAAUCCGAGAAGAAAAGAAGAGACGGCUCGCGGAGGAAUCGCGGCGACGUCGAGAAGAAGAGGAGCGCGAGGAGGAGCGGAAACGCAGGAAACGGCUCGGUCUGCCUGAACUGCUGCCAGACACCAAAGAUGGCCAAAGUACAUCAUCUACUGGGGUCGAAGGUGGCGAAGGAACCGAGCACCAGGACAUCGCCGACGACGAGCUGCGGCAGAAGCUGCGCGACCUCAACGAGCCAGCGGUGCUGUUCGACGAGACCCACGCCGGACGACUCCAACGGUACCGCAAACUUAUCAAACAGUCGGCGGUCUCGAAACCCAAACUCUCCGACGGCCCUAUCCCGACCAGGCUGGAACCCGUGCCGGAGAAGGACAUGCUGCUGCCCUCAACGCUGCCGGGCCAGGGAACGCCCGAGCACGACUUCCUGUACCGUCAGUUGGGGUCGUGGUUUACCCUGGUGUUGACGGAGUGGUCGAUUGCCCUGGCCCAGCGUGAUGCCGCCGUGCGCGCCUCGGCGUCGGGCAAAGCCGCAUACAACAGCUACCAGCUCGUGCUCAAGGAUCUGACGCCCUUGUUCCGCCAUUUCGAGCGGCGCGAUCUCGACGCUGGCUUGCUCGAGCCCAUCUGCCAGAUCGUCCGUGCGGCCCAGCGCCGGCGGUACGUCGAAGCCAACGACGCCUACUUGACGCUGUCGAUUGGCAAAGCCGCCUGGCCUAUUGGUGUCACCAUGGUUGGCAUCCACGAGCGGUCGGCGCGCGAGAAACUGCAUGAGAGCAGUUCGGCGAAACAAGCCCACAUCAUGACCGACGAGGUCACGCGCAAGUUCCUACAGAGUAUCAAGCGGUGCUUGAGUUUCGCGCAGACCAGGUGGCCUCCGGAAGAUCUGGCGCAGUUGAUGGGAUGA